AGAUACCCUUGUUCUCACUCCACACCAGGUGGCGGCAGUGAUGCUCUACUUUGGUGUUUGGACAAACAGAAGAAGAAGAACCCGUACAUGUCACACGUGAAGACAGCGGACCUGUGGUGAACUUAUGUCUAAAGCAAGUAUGUAUCUUAAACAGUAUUUGCUUAUUGUAUUCACUCUACCGACUCAUACGUUUUAAUGUAUUUUCUGUGAUUUUUCUCGCAGAGCAAAAACGAGCCAAAAGGCUUGGCUUCCUGGGAAAAUCUAAGGUAAGCGCUAUUCCAGCUAAUGUGCUCUGCGGCCGACAACAACAAGCCAACACUGAAGUUGUCAUUUUACAGCUCCUAGACUGAGAGGAGGUCCAAGUCAUACCCGGCACUCUACAUGCUAUUAAUUCCAGUGUCAGCACGCCCAGAAAGCCCCCCUAACCCACCCUUUAAAGCAUGUUUUCUGUUGCUUCAGUGUUUUCUGUCACAGUUAGUUUAGAGGCUGCGGGAUAUCAGAGAUCCUCAGACAUUUACUUAAGAAAUGAAACACAGACACCGAGGGGUUACAGGAAAAGUCUGAUACAGAUCUCUUACAUGUUUUCAUCUUACUGUCCUACAGUUUGUGCAAUUAUAUCAUCAAGUACUUGGGUAUACAUAAUUUUCCAUGAUUAACUUCCUUCACAUUUGUCAUGUUUCCUGUCUACAGAGUACAGAUGGAAAGAAAGGUGAUGCUUCAGGUCAUACAAAGAAGUCAGUGCAGCAUGCCAAAGACCUCAGAAGACCAGAGGAAAUACGGAAGCAAAGGGUAAACAUUUGAGAGUCUUGCUUAAACUCACACUCGAAGUUUUGAACCUGAAUUGCAUGCUCCUUCUGGUUUCUUCCCACUUUAGCUCCAGGAUCUCCAGGAAAAGCAGAAACGGUCGAGGGAGCAAGAGCUGAUGAAGAGAAGAAAUUUACAGACCUUUCAAAAUGACAUCCAGCAGCGACAGAGGCAGUUUGAGCAGAGGGUAACUAUCACCCUGGAGUGUGGAAAUGUACUCCAAUUGAAAGAGCGAAUCUUUUUUGAUUUCUGUAUCUGACAUUGUCUUCUCAGGAGACAGAGAUGCAGAGUUUGGAAAAGCAUGUUAAUUUUGAAAAUGAAAAUUCAAGAAAGGCAUAUUACAGAGAGUUUAAGAAGGUAAGUGAAUUGGUAUGUGUUCCACAAACUGGUUUAUAUCUGGUAUGGACAUUACAGCUGGAGAGGUACAUAAAUAGCCAUUUGAUCUCAUGUACGUGCGUGUUUGCUAUUAAAUUUAAUACCAGGGUAAUGCAUGACAAACAUUAUAAGACUUAGUCCAAUAAAUACAAUGAAUUCCUUGAUUUUGAGCUAUUAAAAUGUUGGGUAAAAAAAACUGAGGGGGUGAAACUGCCAAAGAAUUGCAAGUGAGAAGCGUAAAAUACAAAAUGGUUUCCAGGAAAGAGACUUAAACCUGCUUUUAAUUCAACAAUAUUUUUAUUGGUUUUAUACAGAUAUACACAGGAGACACAUUACAAACACCCCCUUUCCCUAAAACCCCAUCUACAGCUGGAUAUUCCUAUUACUUUGUUUCAAAUAACAAAUUCUGGAGCUAUAACAAAAAACGAAAUAAAUAAGUACAUAAAUAAAAAAUAAAUAAAUACAAGUAAGUGCUGGAAUUCAGGUUUUAUAGAUCUUGAAAUACAUAAGAUGUUGAGAAAUAAAAAGUAAAAAGAGAAUAAGUUUAUGAACUACUGUGUGUUAAGAGAAAUACAAAUGUAGACAAGUUGCUGAAAACUGAAAAAGUCCAUAAAAGAGAUAAGAAUUUGAAUUGUAUGAUUAUAACACAUCACAGAAAUAUAUUUCAAAACUAAAACAACUAGAGGAGGAGAGUGCUAAUUCAAAUCGAUGAAAGUUUCUCAAUGUGGUCUAGGAAAGGUCCCCAAAUCUUUUCAAAUUUCCUGUCAUUGCCUUCAACCGAGUAACGAAUCUUCUCAAGGUCUAAGCAAGACACAAGGUCUUUCAGCCACUGACUGUGAGUGGGCGGGGCAGCAUCCCUCCAUCUGAGGAGAAUCGCACGUCUAGCCAGGCAGGAGGGAGGCAAACGCUAGGGUUCGGCUCUUAGUGGAAGAAAGGUUUUGCUCUUGACCAAAAAUUGAAGCAUUUAAAAUGGAGCAAAAUCUCCAGUGCCAAGGUGCACGUAACAUAUAUUUGAUGACAGGUCUGCACCAUCUGCUUAUAAAUGAACAUGUGCAUUCUAUGAAAUUGAAGUUUGCCUUUAAACAGUAAUUGUUUUCAAAAUGUUUUCAAAGGUGGUGGAGGCUUCAGAUGUGAUUUUGGAGGUUUUAGAUGCACGUGAUCCUCUUGGCUGUAGAUGUCCUCAGGUGGAGCAGGCAGUCAUUCAAAGUGGAACCAACAAGAAGAUUGUUUUAGUGCUUAAUAAAAUCGGUGAGUUACAUGGAUAAAUCUUGGACUGGUGCAUUUGGUGAACUGUCUUUUAUUGGAAAACAGCACACUUGCAAGGGUCUUAUUGACAGUGAGAAAUAAGCAAAGCUUUACUUUUUCUUAUACUCUAGAUUUGGUGUCAAAGGAAAUUGUGGAAAAGUGGAUUAAAUACCUUCGAAAUGAGUUUCCCACCGUUGCUUUUAAGGCAUCCACUCAGCAACAAGCAAAGAAUCUGGUAUGCUGUUCGAUACUUAUAUCCUCUUUGUUCUGUUUCGGGCAUUAAAUUUAUAGACUAGCACCAUUUCAUCUUAACACUUUCCUUCCCUGGCUUAUAUCAUGACAGAAACGCACAAACGUACCAGUUACACAAGCAACUCCCGAGCUUCUCAGCAGCAGUGCUUGUGUUGGUGCAGACUGCUUGAUGAAACUGCUUGGAAACUACUGCCGGAAUCUGGACAUAAAGACUGCCAUCACAGUGGGUGUUGUAGGUAAGAACCACAUCCAGCAGUUCUUUAGUUUUUGGUGUAUGUGUAACACAAAAUUCAAAGUUUGACAGCUUUUGCUGCUCUUUCCUCUUUUUAGGUUUUCCUAAUGUGGGAAAGAGCAGCUUGAUCAAUAGUUUAAAACGAGCUCGUGCGUGUAAUGUUGGAGCUACUCCAGGGGUCACUAAGUAAGUAUGAACUAUAUACUUGAUCCCUUGAUCUUGUCAAAUUCUGUAGAUCUAAUAAUCUUGGCUAUCGGUAAUGUCAGGUGUCUUCAAGAGGUGCACUUGGACAAACACAUAAAGCUCCUAGAUUGCCCUGGCAUUGUCAUGGCAACUUCGACAACUGAUGCAGCAAUGAUUCUCCGAAACUGUGUGAAAAUUGAGCAGCUUGUUGAUCCCCUUCCACCUGUUGAAGCCAUUCUUCGACGCUGCAACAAAGCACAGGUAAUUCUUGUGAUUCCUAAAAGCCUUUUUUAAUGUUCCUUGGCAUGCCACACUGACGUUACAGAGAAACUACAUUGAACAUUGUUGGGUUUGCAGAUCAUGACGCACUACGGAGUCUCAGACUUUCACACCGCUCUGGAGUUCCUCGCAAUGCUUGCGCGACGCCAAGGGAAACUCAGAAAGGGAGGUCUUCCCGACACCGACAAAGCAGCUAAGAGUGUCCUAAUGGACUGGACAGGGUGGGUAAAUGUAAGACUUUUGAAUAGUGACAAAAGGCAGUCAGCGUUUUCAGCACUAUGUUAACCAAUCACUUUUUGUCAUGUUAUUAUGUUAGGGGAAGGAUCAGCUACUUCACACACCCUCCAGAGACACAUACUCUUCCCACACAUGUCAGUGCUGAGAUUGUGUCUGAGAUGGGCAAAGCGUUUGACUGGGAUGAGCUGGAGAAGGGAAAUCAGGAGGUUCUCGCAGGUGAGGAAAUGUGUAUCAUAUUUACCCCAGUUGAUGUGUUAAAACUUAGUCAUAAGCUUCUUUGGGUUGCAAAAGUCCUUGAUUCCAACUGUUUGUAACUUAAAAGAUUAGCCUCUUAGACAUUUAUUGAGAAUCUGAUAAUAUCAAUAUAUCUGUGCGUGAGUUAUAUAUUAUGGAGACAAUGUUUGAGAGGGUGUUGGUAUUUUAAACCUGAGCAUGUUGAUCAUUAUCAGAACACCUGAGGAAGCAGUAUUGUCCUGUCACCACUUUGCAGAGUCAUCUUGCCCUGAUAUCCAAAUGGGAUUCUGUAUGGAAACCACUGGAAUGACACAAGGUGACCAGAGUGACCCGUCCGCUGACUUGGAAAUGGCUGGGAAGACUUACGAAGAGCCAACAUACAAAGAUGAAACCGAACAUAUGGAGGACGAUCAAGACCCAGAGGUUUGAAACAAUCCCUCCUCACAGCAGCUUAUGAUAAAUUAUUAUUUUAACUGUGGUUUAUUUAACCUAACUCUGUUCGGAUCAAAACAGUUUGGACCGAUGACGGUGGAAAUAAAAUCACAGAAGUCAAAGACCGACUUUCCAGUUAAUGAUCCUGCAUCAAGGACUCCAGGUUUGGAGGAUAUACUGAACGUAGAUCCUCUGCAGCAAGGCAAUGCACUCCUAGCUGCUAGCAAGAAAAGGAAAAAGCUACAGAAAAGAGCUGGUUAGUAUCAGUCUCCAUGCUUUAUUUAUCUCAUUCUAUGCAUGAAUGUUUAAUUGUUUUGACGUUUAUUCAAGAAAGGAGAAAAAUGUAUCAUCUUAGUUGUGUCGUAAACUGACCAACAAGCCUUGUUGAACUACACUUGCGGUUCUAGUUAUUGCUAAGGCUUUCUUAGUCAUCACCUGGCUUUGUGAACCAAGGUUAAAACUCGACAUCAGUUAGUAAUUCUAAAAGAUGGUGCAUGAUCACACAUGUCACACAAGUUAAAUCAGACUGGAGUUAUGGAACAGACAGUUUACUAUGAAUUCACCUCUCCAGACUGGCAGUGUGACAAAAAUGUUACUGUCCAGCUGGUAGACAACACAGGGUCAUUUUUGUUCUACUGUCAUUUGUUUGACAUUAAGGCAAUUGAGAACCAAAAGCAAUUUAUGCAAUAAAAUGGCAUCAUCCUCAACAGACAUAAGUAAGUAAUAACUGUUCCCAGGGAUUAGGCUGUGAUGUUUUUUUUUUUUUUUUUACAUUUCAUCUAAUUAACUAGUUGAUAGCUCAGUUCUGAGGUAUCCAUCAUGAGUUCUUACAUUGUUUUAGGAACACAAGUUGGCAAUGUGAAGCACUCUGUUAGAUUGUCUCCAAUGUUUUGUCACUUAGCACCAUAUUGUUAUAAAUAUCAGGUUUCCAAGAAGACUGCAAAAAGCUGAGAUGUGUGGUAUCUUGUAUUAAAACAGCAUUUUUUGGCUAAUUAUUUGCCAACUCAGAGUAUUAUAGUUAAAGGACAGUUAGUUGUAUUACUGUCUGAGAAAAGACAAACAUAAUGAGUUAUUUGCACGGUAUUGCCUUGUAGUUGUAGUUUAUUCUGACAAAACAGUAGUAGUAUCCCUGAAAGCAGCGCUAUCUGCAAUAAUUCAGACUAAAUUUUUCUGUAAAAUAAUUUAACUUUGAGUGAAUAAAUGUUCAUCUACCCAUCCAGCUGAAAACUGACAGCUCCUGCGUUGGAAAAAUGCUGCUGAAUUCCACUCAGUGUAUCUUUAAGUUGAAUAUGAUUUAUAGAAGUCAAGUACGAUAAGACUCUAUAGUGAAUAAAAAUGUAAAGUUAAGUAUUAAAUUAACUUGUUGAUAACAAUAUUGCCAUUGUUACCAACAAGUUGAAUCAAUAUUUAUUGCAACAAAAGUGCUACCAGUUAUUAAAACAGAGGUACUCUUAUAAAAAAGUUAUUUUUAGAUUGAUAAAAUCAUUAUAUGAUCAAUUCUCUGUGUCAACCUGUUUAUGAGUUUACUUGGUAGCUGAGUAAUAAGUGGGAUGAUGCUAAGUCAGCUGGUUGAUAUACAAAAUAAAAUGUUAGUGCAAGUGUAAAUGAUGUGAAAAAGGCCUGAAAUUCAGUCUGCUGGUCAAAAUCAGCAAACAAAUCAGCAACACUUAAACACGCACACAGGCUUCAGUUAGGAGUUAUUUGUUUUCUGUAUGGCUUUAACAGUACCUUUUUAAUCUUGAAAAUAUUCUUAUACUUUUCUCCUUCUGUCUCCCCCCUGUAGACAAAAUUGCCACCAAGCUCUCUGACACUUUGACAGCUGCGAUGGAUUUUUCAUUUGCAGAUAGUUGAAAUAAAAAAAUUAAUAUAUAAA